AUGAUGAUCUCCGUCGCUUCGCAGGUCAGUGGACGCUUGUUGAUCCCGACCACCACCAAGUUCAACUUGAACAUGAAGUCGUUUCACCCUCCCUCUGCAAGAGACUUCACCCUUCCACAGCCGCCUUUCCCCACCGCACUCACCACAUGUCUUGGACUCCUCAUUGCCUCUGAGGCUUCGGCAUUCUACGCAGGGAGCGCAGGCUUUAAAGUCCUCGCUUCCCUAUGCUUUCUAAUAGCAGGCGUCAGCACAGCGUCGGCACGACUCGACCUGCUCAGCUGGACCGCGCUCACCGACCCAGAAAAUAGGUUUACAGUUGGGAUAGUCCUGGGUCUGGUGUUCAGCGUGGUGGGAGAUGUGCUUCUCAUACCAUCGCGUGCGAACUACAUCCAGCUGCCACAAUCCUCAGAUUCUGAGUCGAAGAAAGGGAAGGGCAAGAAGAAGAAAGGUUCACGACCGCAGAACCAGACACAUUCCACCCCAGAUUCAGAGUCACCCAGCUUCAAGGCCGGCAUGCUCGCUUUUGCCCUCGCACACAUCUCAUACACCCUCGCCUUCCUUUCUACCACCACUCUCUUUCCCACCACCGCUUCCCCCUCUCCUCCAACAGAAAUUCGAUGGGGCGACUUCGGAAUGACGCUCACGUUUGGAGCUCUUCUGACCGACUGGCUAGGGCUACUCAAACCAGAGCUGGUCUACGGCGCAUGGUUCGACGUCCCGAAGAAAAUGAAGCCUCUUGUCGCAGUGUACGUGGCUGUGAUUGUGGUCAUGGUCGCCACCGCUACUGCGACGGAUACCGGGUACCAGAGGAUCGCCGGCGCGUGGCUAUUCAUGAUUAGUGACUUAUUCGUUGCUGCGAACGCUUUCGGUGUAAAGGAAGACGAAGAAUCGCAAGAUAAGGCGACAGAACGACGAGGACGAGGGAGGCCGGAGUGGAAGUCAGCAUCGAUCGGGUGGGUGGCGUACUACGCGGCUCAGAUGCUCCUCGCGGGUUGUAUAUGA